AUGAGUGACUUACAAUCAAUUCGAUCCGAGAUCAACAAUGCAUUCAAACUUAGUGGUUUUACCAUUCGUCGUGAAGCAAGCAAUUUUGUUGCAGAACAGGUGUCCUCGUUAACUCCAUUUGAUAGGCAGAAAAUUAUAGAUAAACUUACAGCACAUAUAUUACGCCAAUGUUUAUCUCAACCGGUUCUAGAAAAGGAACACUUGGAAAUUGCCUACAGAGAAUGUUCAUCGCUUGGCCUAGAAGAGUCUGAAACAGUAUUGAAUGUUAUCGAUGCGUUCAGCAUACCGAAAAUAAACUACGAUAGUGAAAGAAAGCGGUACAUGAAAUAUAUUAAUAGCAACAAUUUGUAUCCGGAGCCUAAAUGGAAAGCUCAGUAUUUGAUUGACAGGUACACACUUAUAUGGCAAAGAACUGCUAGAAAUAAGUUAUUUGCACAAGAAAUACUGCCAUCAAGUGCUGAAGAGAAGAAAUUUUUACUUCGUAAAAUAGAAGUUUUAUUGAGUUCUUCAAGUAAAAUUGAAGAGGUUAUAGUGUUAGGGCUCCUUACUCAACUGACAGAAGGAAAAUUUUAUUUAGAAGAUCCUACGGGUAGUGUUCAAUUGGAUUUAUCACAAACAAAGUACCAUUCUGGUUUAUUUACUGAAAAUAGUUUUGUAUUAGCUGAAGGUUAUUAUGAUGAUAAAGUUUUUCAUGUAAUGGGUGUAGUGUUGCCACCACCAGAGAAUAGAGUAACCUCAUCAUUAUAUUUUGGAAAUUUGAAUACUUUUGGCGGCAAAUCAAAGACAUUAUUAAAAAAUUCAAAUAACUUACUUAAAAUUGAAAAAGAAAAUGCAGAUGAUAUGAUUAUCUUUCUGUCUGAUGUGUGGUUUGAUAAUUUAAAAGUAAUGGCAAAAUUAAAGACAUUAUUUUCUGGAUAUAAAGACUUUCCACCUGUCGCGUUUGUAUUUCUUGGUGAGUUUCUGUCUUGCCCCUAUGGCUAUGAGCAUAGUACACAACUAAAAGCAGCUUUUGCUGAUUUAGCAGAUCUGAUUAAUCAAUUCACAAAACUUAAGGAAUCAUGCAAGUUCAUAUUUAUACCAGGAAGAGGUGAUCCAGUUGCUGCAAACAUAUUACCAAGACCUGCAAUACUGGACUCUAUCACGAAAGAUAUAAGGAACAAAUUAGGUGAUGCUGUUAUAUUUACUACGAAUCCAUGCCGUAUACAGUAUUGUACACAAGAAUUUGUCUUGAUCAGACAAGACUUAAUGAUGAAAAUGUGUAGAAAUUCAAUUCAUUUCCCAGACUCUGGUGACAUACCAGAUCAUUUGACUAAGACAUUACUCAGUCAGUGUACACUAUCACCUUUAUCUUUAGGAGUACAACCUGUGUAUUGGAAGCAUGCUGAUGCUUUGAGUUUGUAUCCAAUGCCAGAUCUAGUGGUUGUAGCCGACCAUUUCCAGCCAUACACAAGAUCAUAUCAAAAUUGUCAAGUAAUUAACCCUGGAUCAUUUCCACGUACAGAGUUUAAGUUUAAAGUUUACAUACCAUCAUCAAAAACUGUUGAGGAUUCCCAAAUUCCUAAAGAUGAUAAUUGA